GAUUAAACAUUCAAAUUGUAAUUAUUAUUAGUACAGUAGUGAACGGUAGAAGUAGAUUCAAAAACAAAAAUCUUAAGCCCAUUCAAAUAAAUUUCAAUGUAAAUUAAUAAAGAAACAAAUCCGAAACAAAUAUUAUACAUUCCAAUUUUAUUUAAAUAAGUGUAUUAGCAAAAAAAUCUAAAUGUCGCAUAGGUCAAGUUUUCAACUUAACGAUUUAUUUCCAAGGGAAAUAGAUAUCGAAGUGUGUUUAAAAACCUUAAGGAUAUAUCAAAAACUUGAAGGCGACGUGAAUUGUGUUGUUUGGGAUGCAUCUUUAGUCCUUGCAAAAUAUCUAGAGACUAAGUGUUUUCAUAAACCGGAUUUUUUGAGUGGUGUAAGAGUUCUUGAAUUGGGAUCAGGUCUUGGUGUUGUGGGACUCACUGCUGCUACUCUCGGGGCUCAAGUAACACUGACAGAUUUACCAGAGGCACUUCCUUUAUUACGGUUAAAUAUUGCGGAAAAUAAAUCAAAGAUAGCUAGUAUGGGUGGAUAUGCUAUUGCAGAAUCAUUAGUAUGGGGAGAUAAAAACUCUGAUAUCCAUAAACAGGAAUUUGAUAUGAUUUUGUUAGCUGAUUGCAUUUAUUAUGAAGAUGCAUUGAAUCCUCUAUUUGAGACAUUACAAAGUUUAAACAACUCUGUGAACAAAAAGCCAACUAUCUACUUAACCCAAGAGUUAAGAGACACGGAACUUCAAAAGAAGUUGUGGAAAACAUUCUAUGAAAAACUGACAGAGUUUUUCUACAUUGAGAGUAUCCCUGAAGAACAGCAACACGUUAACUAUAGAAGUUCUGAUAUAAUACUCUUGAAAAUGACCAAAAAAUGAUAUUUAUAUAGUUAUGAUUUAUUGUAAAGGACUGUUAAUGUGGCCAAAUUAUUUAUGCUCUCAAUUUACAAGUAAUGGAAUAGAAUAAGUUUAUCUGUAUAUUAAGAAUCACUUUCCUAAUUAAUAUUUUACUUCAAUUUAGAUUUAAUUUUUAUUGUAUAAAUUGUAUGUAAGUGUUAAAAAUCAGAAUUUAGUUUUAGGAAUUCUAAUAAAUAGUCUAUGGUACAGGUAUUUAAAAUUUAAACCAAAGACUAGAUAAGUGAUUAUUUGUAAGUU